CUCUGCGCCAAUGAAACCAUAAAAAUUGAUGAGUCAACGUUCAGUGUUGGAGAAGCGACGUCUGAAGAUGAGCUUUGGGCUGCUGCGUAUCUACGUGUUCGAACUUUCUAUGACUUCCGGGAAAGUUUCGGUAUCAAAGGAGAAGUUACCGCGGCUGGCGUUAUUGGACUGCCAGACGACGGAGUUGGCGGAGCCGUUGAAGAGCUGGAGGUUGCCGUUGGGUAG